AUGCAACCAGCGGGCCCUACCCCAGAUCUGUUCAGCGGCAUCUUGCUUGACCCGAAUGUCGGUAGUCAAAUGUCGCUGAUAAACCUCGAUGAGACAGACUAUAACUUGGCCAGUGCGCUUACAGAAUGGGGAGAUAAUAUGGCCUUGCCAGACCUCUAUCCGCCCCAAUCGACCCCCAUUUCAUAUCAGGAGAUCUCGUACUCGCCGUCCGUUGUUCCGAACUCCAUUCAAUCGACAGGCCAGUCUGCCAUUUCGACAGACGACGAAGAGACCAUAUGCUACGGAAUGCUGCACGACGUCGAUGUUAAGCUAGUAGGCGAGAUGCGAACCACGGAUGCCAAUCUCGGCGAAAGCGAGGCCGGCUACAGGCGCUUCGAGCUCUGCGAGCAGCAAGACCACAUCAUCCUGUGCUUCCACAAUGACGGCAAGGAAUUUGGUUACCUGCGCUCCGGUGUAGGUAAGACACUGGCACCGCUGCUGGCCAAGCCAUAUGUCGAGUUCGAGCCUAUCACGCUCACAUCUAACUUGAAGCUGGCUAAGCCCGCUGAGGCCAUAGUGAAGGUUGACAUCAACGUGUACGGGCCGCGGCGGGCCGCGGAUGAGGUGGGUAACGCGCUUUCACGCGGCAAGCUGUGGCUACAAAAGUCGGGCCAUGCCAGGCGUGAAGUUGCAUACGAUAACCCACACUUUCUGCCUCUCAAGGUCCAUGGCAUUCAAAUGCAGGCAGUUCAGCCUGUGAGUCAAAUUGUCAAGGAUGGGCUCGUUAAAAAGAAGCACCGGGAGGAGCGGAUGCGAAAGAUGGUCGAGGAGGUGUACAAGUCUCUGGACAACACUCGGCAUCUCGACGUGGUGGAGGGUGGAAAUAGGAUCACCCGGAAGCUACUCAAGUACCGCCACAGAAUCACAAAGGCUAGGGCUAAGCAAGACACUCAGCCAGACGAGAGAGGCGGUGGCAUUCUGGCUGAUGAGAUGGGCAUGGGGAAGUCGCUGUCUAUCCUUGCCCUAAUCGCGAACACCCUUGACGACGGUAAAAACGAGUGGGCUCAGCAGCAGAACAGACGGUGCCGAAGGCAAGGAGGCCGCUUAAGACACUCGCCGCUCUACCGCUUGCUAUUCGUAACCCUGCUGCCCCUUAAUCGAUCCCCAAUCCGGCCUGCUGCCCUUCAUGACUCCUCCGAUGACGAUAUCGCCGUUCCUAAGCCAGUUCUUCAGCAUCUGAAGCAUCUCGAUAGUCUCCCACUUCAUUGCAUGCCUCUGGGAGCUCAGAGUAAGCCUAGCAAUGCUGAAGGACCUCUCGCAGUCAGCUGCCAUGGCUGGAAUAGCGAGAAUGUCAAGGGCCAUCUGAGACAGCUUUGGGAACUGAGCCUUAUUACUGAUCCACCAUUCAACCGGAUCGACGUUGCCCCCGACCUUCAUGUUGUAGUACCGGUCAAUCUCGUCCUCGUUACCAUCUUCAUCGGAACUGACUCCGCUGUUGACGAAGGCCUCAUCGGGCGGAACGGUCUCCCUGCUAAACGGCCGAGCGACUUUCCCGAUAUGCAACCAGCGGGCCCUACCCCAGAUCUGUUCAGCGGCAUCUUGCUUGACCCGAAUGUCGGUAGUCAAAUGUCGCUGAUAAACCUCGAUGAGACAGACUAUAACUUGGCCAGUGCGCUUACAGAAUGGGGAGAUAAUAUGGCCUUGCCAGACCUCUAUCCGCCCCAAUCGACCCCCAUUUCAUAUCAGGAGAUCUCGUACUCGCCGUCCGUUGUUCCGAACUCCAUUCAAUCGACAGGCCAGUCUGCCAUUUCGACAGACGACGAAGAGACCAUAUGCUACGGAAUGCUGCACGACGUCGAUGUUAAGCUAGUAGGCGAGAUGCGAACCACGGAUGCCAAUCUCGGCGAAAGCGAGGCCGGCUACAGGCGCUUCGAGCUCUGCGAGCAGCAAGACCACAUCAUCCUGUGCUUCCACAAUGACGGCAAGGAAUUUGGUUACCUGCGCUCCGGUGUAGGUAAGACACUGGCACCGCUGCUGGCCAAGCCAUAUGUCGAGUUCGAGCCUAUCACGCUCACAUCUAACUUGAAGCUGGCUAAGCCCGCUGAGGCCAUAGUGAAGGUUGACAUCAACGUGUACGGGCCGCGGCGGGCCGCGGAUGAGGUGGGUAACGCGCUUUCACGCGGCAAGCUGUGGCUACAAAAGUCGGGCCAUGCCAGGCGUGAAGUUGCAUACGAUAACCCACACUUUCUGCCUCUCAAGGUCCAUGGCAUUCAAAUGCAGGCAGUUCAGCCUGUGAGUCAAAUUGUCAAGGAUGGGCUCGUUAAAAAGAAGCACCGGGAGGAGCGGAUGCGAAAGAUGGUCGAGGAGGUGUACAAGUCUCUGGACAACACUCGGCAUCUCGACGUGGUGGAGGGUGGAAAUAGGAUCACCCGGAAGCUACUCAAGUACCGCCACAGAAUCACAAAGGCUAGGGCUAAGCAAGACACUCAGCCAGACGAGAGAGGCGGUGGCAUUCUGGCUGAUGAGAUGGGCAUGGGGAAGUCGCUGUCUAUCCUUGCCCUAAUCGCGAACACCCUUGACGACGGUAAAAACGAGUGGGCUCAGCAGCAGACAGACGGUGCCGAAGGCAAGGAGGCGCUUAGACACUCGCGCUCUACGCUUGUGGUCGUCCCUUCUGCCCAGCGCUGCUCUCAGAUCAGUCAGAUCAGACAGACCCUCCUGAUCUGA